AUGUAUGUUGGAGAGGGUGAAGCUUUCCUGCGCAAUACCUUUCAUAUUGCUCGCGUUGCAGCACCCAGCAUAAUAUUCAUUGAUGAGUUUGAUGUUGUUGGUGCCAAAAGAGGUGGGAGUUUAAGCAACAGCAGUAUCGUCGUUGGAGAAAGGAUUCUGUUUACUUUGCUGACUGAAAUGGAUGGUUCAGCAGAGGCCAAGGGAGUCUUUGUUUUGGCUGCUGCGAAUAUUCCUUUUGCUUAA